AUGCGAGGACUGGGAAUUCUGGCCCUUGCCCCUUUGGCAGCUGCAAAAGCUUUGCAUUCGCGACAGACAGCAUGCAACAACUCGCCGUCCCUGUGCUCCAAAUCCUACGGUGAGAUUACUCAUCUAGGCGCACAUGAUAGUCCGUUUCUCCGGGACGCAUCGACAGAUUACUCAACAUUCGGAGAUCAAUAUUACAACACGACACUACAACUUGAGGCGGGCGUACGUCUCGUAACGGCGCAAGUGCACAAGUCAGAUUCAGAGUGGCACUUAUGUCAUACCAGCUGUGACUAUCUAGAUGCAGGCAAGUUAAGCACAUGGCUAUCAGAAAUCAAAACAUGGCUAGACUCCAACCCAAACGAUGUGGUCACCGUCCUGCUGGUCAACUCGGACGAUGCAACAGCAUCGGAUCUUCACUCGGAGUAUGAGACGGCAGGUAUUGGGAACUACACCUACACGCCUACCUCACAGACCUCCGCGCCCAGCUCCUGGCCCACUCUACAGGAGCUGAUCAACGACGGUACUCGGUUGAUAUCAUUUGUGGCAUCGCUAAGCGCCUCGAGCAACACGGUGGCUCCAUACCUGAUGGACGAGUUCACCUACCUCUGGGAGAACCCCUACGAUGUGACCUCGGCGUCGAAUUUCUCUUGUACACCCGACCGUCCAACAACCGUGAAGAAUGACUUGUCUGCUGCGCUUUCAUCCAACCGGCUUCCCUUUAUGAAUCACUUUCUUUACCAGACUACUAUCCUUGAUAUUGAGUACCCGAAUGUAAGCUAUGUGGGCACAACUAAUGCCCCCUCCGGCGGCACGGGCAAUCUCGGCGAUACUGCGAAGAAGUGUAAGAGUGCUUACAAUGGCCGGCAACCGACUUUCAUCCUGGUGGACUUCUUCAACAAGGGACCCGCCAUCUCGACGGUGGACAGUCUGAACAAUGUCACCGACGCUACCGGACGCGCCAACCUCACGUCGACUACUCAAACGAGCUCCGCCUCCACGUACUCGAAUGUGUUCAAGGGACUGGUGGAAACGGUUCAGAAAGCAAUGGACGGAGCGAAUCCCAGCAUGGGGGAAUGGAUCUGGGCCGGCGGGGACUGGGGCAGCUUGUUGGGCGGUGGGAUUGCUCUUUAA